AUGGAAAAGAAAACCUGUAGGAAUGAAGGGAGGUCCCUACUAACGCUCACUUCCGGUAUCCUUGCAGCAGCGGACUUUCUCACUUUAUCCGAAGUGUUUCUUCUUGAAGGAGUUUUCCCACAGAUCGAACUGGACCUGACUAUGGGGGGCAUGCUGGUGAGGUGUGCCGCCACAGACCUGGGGGUCCAGUGGUUCGGCUGGGCCCUGGCUGCAGCUUUCAGAACCGAGAAGUUUUAUGAUUUAGCAGGUUCUGGCACAUUUAUACUCCUUACACACCUGAGUCGUAUCUGGGGAGGAGCUACUCAUGCCCGUCAGAAGGUCCAGGCCGGGCUGGUGACAGCGUGGGGACUCAGACUGGGGACAUUCCUUUUCCUGCGGAUCUUGAAGGACGGUCACGAUCGCAGGUUCAACAAUGUCAGAGACAGCCCAGGGACUUUCUUUGUAUACUGGACAGUUCAAGCUGUGUGGAUAUUUAUAACCCUCCUGCCCACCCUCAUGCUGAACGCCGAGAGGCGUAAUGUGCCUCUGGGGGUUAGGGACCACAUCGGCUGGACUGUUUGGGGCUUCGGCUUCGCUAUCGAGACCAUUGCAGACCAGCAAAAGUGGCUCUUUAAAAGGGAUCCAGAGAACGCUGGGAAAUUCAUCCAGAGCGGGCUGUGGGCCUACAGCAGACAUCCCAACUACUUUGGAGAGAUCCUGCAGUGGUCGGGUCUCUGGCUCUCGGCCUCGUCAGUGAUGCAGGGCCCCCAGUACCUUAGCGUGGUGUCGCCACUGUUCGUUUGGUUCCUGUUGCGUUACGUCAGCGGGAUCCCCAUCCUGGAGAAGCAGGCCAUGAAGAAGUGGGGGUCUGAGUCAGCCUUCCAGGACUACAUCAGGAACACUCCUCUUCUCUGGCCGUGGCCUACAUUUUGAUAUUGUUUGAACAUUUAUCACCGUCU